AUGCUUCCUCGUUCCGCCCUUGCUCAUUCCGCCCUUGUUCGUUCCACCCUUGCUCGUUCCGCACUUGCUCGUUCCGCACUUGCUCGUUCCACACUUGCUCGUUCCGCCCUUGCUCGUUCCCCACUUGCUCGUUCCGCCCUUGCUCGUUCCGCACUUGCUCGUUCCGCCCUUGCUCGUUCCGCACUUGCUCGUUCCGCUUCCGUCAUUCUGCCCUUGUUCGUUCCUCCGCCCUUUCUCCUCGUUCCGCCCUCCCCCUCGUUGCGCCCUUCCUCCUCGUUGCGCCCUUCCUCCUCGUUGCGCCCUUCCUCCUCGUUGCGCCCUUCCUCCUCGUUGCGCCCUUCCUCCUCGUUCCGCCCUCCUCCUCACUCGGAGCGCUCUGGGCAGAUUUUUGAGGCACCUCAAAAAGGGUUGGGACAGACUUGGAGCGCUCUGGGCAGACCUGUUGAGGCCAGUGAGAAAGGUCUUCUCUCCUUUCUGCGGGGCACCGUGAAGAGACCUUCUCACCCCGCCAAGACACGAGACAUACUUACAAUUCGUGCCGCCCGUUACUGUUCAGGCCGCCCGUCACUGUCCAUGCCGCCCAUCACUGUUCCCGCCGCCCGGUUACAGUUCAGGCCGUCCGUCACUGUUCAGGCCGCCCGUCACUGUUCAGGCCGCCCGUCACUGUUUAUGCCGCCCGUCACUGUUCAUGCCGCCCGUCACUGUUCAUGCCGCCCGUCACUGGUCAUGCCGCCCGUCACUGGUCAUGCCGCCCGUCACUGGCCGUGCCGCCCGUCACUGGUCAUGCCGCCCGUCACUAGUCAUGCCGCCCGUCACUGCUCGUGCCGCCCGACACUGCUCGUGCCGCCCGUCACUGCUCGUGCCGCCCGGUCACUGCUCCUGCCGCGCGUCACUGCUCCUGCCGCCCCGUUACUGUUCAUGCCGCCCGAUUACCAUGCCAUGCCAUGUCCUCGUGCUCGUUUCCGCCCUUGCUCGUUUCUGCCGACAGUGACGGGCGCAGCUGGGCAACGGUGCGGCGAGGCUAAGGCGAAGCCAGUGAGGCACGAGGUGAGACAACGGUCCCCACUCUCCUGGCCCCCUUCUCCUAUGCUCUCAUCUCCUGGCCCCCUUCCCCUAUGCUCUCGUUCCUUUGCUCUGCACUCGUCGUUCCCUUGCUCUGCACUCGUCGUUCCCUUGCUCUGCACUCGUCAUUCCCUUGCUCUGCACUCGUCGUUCCCUUGCUCUGCACUCGUCGUUCCCUUGCUCUGCACUCGUCGUUCCCUUGCUCUGCACUCGUCGUUCCCUUGCUCUGCACUCGUCGUUCCCUUGCUCUGCACCCGUCGUUCCCUUGCUCUGCACUCCUCCUCACCCCCCUGUUUUCCCAUCCCCCACUGUUCAUCCUAUUGCUUCCCCAUCCCGCUCUGUUCACCCCACUGUUUCCCCAUCAUGCACUGUUCACCCCACUGUUUCCCAUCCUGCACUGUUCACUCUCCGCUCUGGUCUGGAUGA